AUGAUUGAUCAUUUUGUUUUUUCUGAUAUUACAUGUAAUAUUGUAAAUGAUCAAGAUAUUCAUCAACUUCAUGAUGAACAUAUUUUAGUUGCAAAUAGUGAGGAUGGUAAAUUAUUAUUAGAUGAUACUCAAGAAUCACAACAAAAUUGCGAAAAUAGUAGUAUCAAUAAUGACAAUAAUGAAAAUGAUCAAAAUAAAAAUGAAAAUAAAAAAAAUGAAUGUAAUAAUAUAAAUGAUCAAAAUUCAUCUAUCACACACUCAACAAACAAUGAAAAUGAUGAUAUUUAUCUUUCAAGUGAUUUAUCAAAUACAAUCACUUCACCAAAUGAUAAUUUAACAAGCUCAAAUAGUACCAUUACCAAUGAUAAUACUAAUAAUAAUAAUAAUAAUAAUAAUAAUAAUAAUAAUAAUGAUAAAAAUAAUGACAAUAAUAAAAAUAAUUCUAUAGAAACCCCUGUAAAUAAUAGUAACACUACAAAUAAUAAUAAUAAUAUUGAUAAAUCUGAAAAAGAGAAUCAAACUGUACCAUUUCCAUCACCUUUUUUAAUAACACCAACAAUUUUACAACAACAAAGACAACAAUUAAACCAUGUAACCAUUGAUUUUACAAAUGAAUUUAAUGAUUUUAGUUUAAUGCAAGCACCAUUUAAUGCAUUUACAAGUGGUAAUUUAUUAAACACAAGCAUAAUAACACCAAUAAAAUCUACAUCUUCACCAAUAACGACCGCCACCACCAACAAUAAUAAUAAUAAUAAUAAUAAUAAUAAUAAUAAUAAUAAUAAUAAUAAUAAUAAUAAUAAUAAUAAUAAUAAUAAUAAUAAUAAUAAUUAUAAUAAUAAUAAUAAUAAUUAUAAUAAUAAUAAUAUUUAUUCUUCUCCCUCUUCUUCUUCAACAACACCAACAUCAUCAAUAUCAACACCAUCAUCAAUAAACUCUGUUUAUAGAUUAAGAGUUGUAUCUGGUGGUUUAGAAUUUAUUAUUUUCUCACCAAAUCAAAUUGUAAUUAAAAAUUUAAAGAUUAGAAUUUUUAAUGAAUUCAAUGGUUUAUUUAAAACUAAUAUAGCAACUUCAAAUCCAUUACAUCCACAAAAUUUUGAACGUUGUAAAUUACAAGAUCGUUUAAAUAACGAUUUAUCCGAAACUUGUAAUGUAUUUGAAUUACUAAAUGAUAUGGAUCCAAUUCAUAUCAUUAUUCCCAAAUUUAAUGUAUAUAAUGUAAACUUAUCACAAUCACAAUCACAAUCACAAUCACAAUCACAAUCACAAUCACAAUCACAACCACAAUUACAAAUAACACAACCACCACCACAAUCAUUACCAUUAUCGCCAUCAAUUAAAACUUCAUUGACAACAUCAUCAGCUUCAACACCACAAGAACAUGAUAGCACCCUAUUAGGAGGAGGGGCAACAGGAGCAGCAGCAGACCAAUCUAAGCAAUUGUUAGAUGCAAAAGAUUUAGCUACAGUUACAGCAGUAACUCAAGAACAACUUGAAAUUCAAAUCACUAAAAACUUUUUAAAUAAUGAUGACGAUGAUUUAGAUGAUGAAGAUAAUAAUUUCAAAUUGGAUAGUAUGUUAGUUGAUACAAGCUUAGAUUUAACAAAUACAAACUUUGAUGAUUUAUCAAAUCAUAAUACUCAAUUAAAAUUAGAACAUGAAAUUGAUGAUAGAGAUUCAAAAAAAAUUAAAAUUGAAAAUGAUUCAGAAACAUCAUCAGUAGUAAGUUCACCAAUUUCAACACCAUUACAAAGUCCAUUACCAAUUCAACAACCACAAUUCCUUCAACAACCAUUACAACAACAACAACAACAACAUCAAAUAAUUCAUAGUAAUCCAUUUCAAAAUCAAUUCAUUCCAACCAUUUCUAGUUUACCAAUACAAAUUAAACCACCAUCAUCAAUUUAUUUACAACAAGUAAAUUUAGCAACUAAUGCAUUUAAUAAUCCGAUUACAUCACCAUCUUCAUCAUCAUCUUCACCAAUUAUAUCAUCAAUCAAUAAUAAUAAUAAUACUAAUUUAUCAAAUCCACUUCAAUCAUCUGCACCAUCUACUCCAACUAAAAAAUCAAAAAAAUCUUCAACUCUACUAUCAGCAUCUGCCAAUACGAUUUUACUAUCAUCAUCUUCAAUACCUUCCAACAGGUGUGUACCAUAUUGUGCAAUUGCCACCGAAAAAAAUCAAGAAUGCUCAGCUUGUCAACAAGUUAGACCUUAUGCAUUAGUUCAUACCGAUGGCUCCGAGCCAAAUAUUUGCACCAAAUGGUGUAUUAGUGGUAAAGCUAGAAAAACAAAAUCUGUCAAUUUAGAAUUUUGUUCAAUUUGUUUAUCAAGAAGUAGAACUCAAAAAUAUCAACCAAAUAAUCAUCAAUGUUUAGAAUGCCAAAGACCUUGGAUGAUGUUAACCAAUGGUGUACUUUGUAAAAGAUGUUUUAAAUAUGGUAUUACCAGUGGUAAAGAUCAAUCUGAUAAACAAAUAAUAUAA